ACACCAACAAAUUUGAAACAGAGUUCAAAGUCCAAAGGAGAUAGAUAUCGAUCAGAGCUAAAUUAAGAUACAUGGCUUCUGCUACUGCUUCCUUUCGUCCCACCAUUUCUCUUCACCUUGUUUUCCUUCUCAUUGCUUCAAUGGCAUUGCCAAUUGCAGAAGGUGGAUGCCGACUUGUUCAAAAACCAAGCCUGACAUGGUCUGGCAAUUGUGGCAAUACCCGCCACUGUGACAAGCAAUGCAGGACUUGGGAGUCUGCAAAGCACGGUGCUUGCCAUGUGAAGGGUUCCGGUCAUGCAUGCUUCUGCUACUUUUGCAGAAAAUAAACUUAAUUAUGCCAAUUUCUGUUUGGCCGCUCUUUAUAUAUGGCAACUGGAAUAAUCCUGCAGUACGUAUUUGCUCUUUGUACGUGCUAGUGGAGUAGUAUGAUAAUGAUUGUUUGAAAUAAGAUGUAAAAUAAUGUCUUCUCCUAUAUGUAAAAUAAGAUCUGGAUGAACCUACCAGAAUCAUAU